AAUCAAAGCACAGGCUGUACACGAGGGAAAUCAAAAUCGGAAGCCAAGAACCGAACUUUUCACAUACUGCUUUACAACAGUCCUCCUCUUCAACCGCAAAGCUCCGAUAAGCACUUGCACUCCUCGUACUUGCCAUCACCGGAAACAGCCGCGAAAACCCCGUGAUGACGGUGGGGAAGCAUCCACAGAUGCCGUCACCGUCCUCUACUUUCUGCUCUCUCCAAGGCUCCCUCCUUACUCUCGCCGUUCUAACCUUAAUUUCAUUCACCUAUCUCUCCCUCAGGUCCCUUAACUCCCCCCAAAUCCAUUCCCUCUCCUCUUCCCCUCCACAGAUUACUGGUGUUGCUGUAACUACGACCGUUGCUGCUGCUAAUUCUGGGAAGAAAGUGAGAGAGACUGUGGAAGAAGAAGUUGAUGAUAACGAUGGUGAUGGUGGGGAUGAGAUAUCGGAUCUGUACCACAACCCGGAAGUGUUUCGAUUGAAUUACAAGGAGAUGGAAAGGAAAUUUAAGGUUUUUAUAUACCCAGAUGGAGACCCCAACACGUUCUACCAGACCCCAAGGAAGCUAACCGGAAAGUAUGCUAGCGAGGGCUACUUCUUUCAGAACAUUAGGGACAGUAAGUUCCGAACCGAAGAUCCUGAUCAGGCGCACAUAUUCUUUAUCCCGAUCUCGUGCCACAAGAUGCGAGGCAAGGGCACAUCUUAUGAAAACAUGACUAUAAUUGUUCAGAAUUAUGUGGAUAGCUUGAUAGCUAAGUAUCCUUAUUGGAACAGAACACUGGGUGCAGAUCAUUUCUUUGUCACGUGUCACGAUGUAGGUGUGAGGGCAACUGAAGGGGUUCCAUUUCUUGUCAAGAAUGCAAUUCGAGUUGUGUGCUCCCCGAGUUAUGAUGUUAAUUUCAUCCCACACAAAGAUGUUGCUCUCCCUCAGGUACUUCAGCCAUUUGCCCUUCCAGCUGGAGGAAAUGAUAUAGAAAACAGGACAACACUUGGUUUUUGGGCUGGUCAUCGGAACUCUAAAAUUAGAGUUAUACUAGCACGUGUAUGGGAGAACGACACAGAGCUUGAUAUUUCGAACAACAGGAUAAGCAGGGCCACUGGACAACUUGUAUAUCAGAAGAGAUUUUACAGGACUAAGUUCUGCAUAUGUCCUGGUGGCUCACAGGUUAAUAGUGCUCGCAUAGCUGACUCAAUCCAUUAUGGAUGUGUUCCUGUAAUAUUGUCUGACUACUAUGACCUGCCAUUCAAUGAUAUUCUUGAUUGGCACAAAUUUUCCGUCAUUGUUAAGGAGCAUGAUGUGUACCAGCUCAAACAAAUUCUGAAGGCCAAAUCCGGUGUAGAUUUUGUUGCCCUGCAUAAGAAUUUAGUAAAGGUCCAGAAGCACUUCCAGUGGAAUUCACCUCCCAUCAAAUAUGAUGCAUUUCAUAUGGUGAUGUAUGAUCUCUGGUUGCGCCACCACGUUAUAAAAUACUAACUCGUUCGUUAAUCAGUGUAAUCCUACCACUUCAACCCAAAAACCAUGUAUAGUGUUCUCCUUUAUGACGUUUGGGAGGAAGUGAUUUUAGUAUUCGUUUGUUCUUUAUAGUCAGCUUUGCAUCUGUUGUGCCUGGAAUGGAUUGAUUUCUCUUCUCAUUUUCUCUCUUGUUUGUCU